AUGGGAUCAACCAGUUCCAAAUCAAAUUUAAAAAAGAGACUCUUAGAAGUCUUAGCUAAUAUUGAUACAGCAAGCCCAGUAGAAGUACAAGCCAUGCUAGAAGCAGCAUCAGCAUCCUCCUCAACAGAGAAUCAAGACAACGGAGACAUGGAAGACCCACAGGAUUCCAAUCAAGCUAGUACUAGUAAAAACAAUAAAGCCAUAGAGCUUCACAAUUUACAAAAUAGAUUAAGUACUACUGAAGCCGAAUAUAAUGCUUUAAAGGAAAAGGGAGAUUCCCCUGAAAAAUUAGCAAAAGCUUCUAAGAAAAUUUCUGAAACAGUUAGAUUCACUGGAAUGUUAAAAAACUGGUGGGACAAUUAUCUUUCCGAAGAAAAUAAAAAUCAAAUCCUAGGAGCUACUACGGUUGCAGCUGUAGUAAAAACCGAAUCAGGAAUGCAAGUUGCAGAACAAGAAGCUAGAGAAGAUGCUUCUGCAACUUUAAUUUAUUGUCUUGACUUAUGUACAGACUUAAAACUUAAAAAUCUUAUUAAAAAGGACAAACUCCAAUCUAAAACAGAGUUAGGUAGUUUCUGCCAAGACUUUGGUUUUAAAACAAUUGUUGCUCCAUCUAAAAGAGCAAAACAACACAAAACAUCUUCUGAAAAAUCCAAAAAACGCCAUGAGCGUAAAGAAAAGAAAGAAGGAACCCCUAAAAAGAAAAGGUUCAAAAGACGUUCUAAAAAAGAACAUGGUGAUAAACGUUGGUCAUGUGGAAAGAUAGGGCAUAGAGCUAAUGAAUGCCCAGUCACCAACAAGAAGAACAAAAAGGUUAACAGCUUAGAAAUUCAUGAAAAUACUAAAGAAACGUUAUUCGCUAUUCUUGAACAAAAUGAUAAAAACACAUUAUCGUCAUCAUCAGAUGAAAGCUAUUCUGACAGUGACGAUGAAGUAAUCAAUAUGGCAUAUAGCUCAUACAGUAGCAGUAGUUCUAAAGAAGACAACAAUGAAAUAAAAGCGGUUAAGCUUAGACUUGACAAAAUAGAAAUGGAAAAUCUUACAAAAGAAAUAUUACAAGCAGCCAAUAAGAAAGAAACAAUUGGUGAAUAUUUCUCAGAAGAUGAUAAAUAUGAUGACGAUUCAGUUAAUGGUACAGUUGUGGCCAAAAUUACAAAAGCAAAAGCCCAAAGCUACCAUAUUCCCAUUACCUUAAAGGUAAAAGAUAUUACACUAAAUAAAUUAGCUUUACUAGACUCAGGUGCAGAUAGAAACUGCAUAAUGGAAGAAAUAAUACGUGAUGCACGGAUAACUCACGUGCUAUAA